GUAGCUAUAUAUGUUUGCCUGUCUGUCCAGAUGAAGAGGCUCCUGCAGCAGCUGCAGCAGAGAUGGCUAUUGAGGAGUCCGGCCCUGGAGCUCAGAACAGUCCCUACCAGCUUCGCCGCAAGACCCUGCUUCCCAAGAGAACCGCCGCUGCCUCUGCCACCGCCUCUGCCUGCCCCAGCAAGGGCCCAAUGGAGGGAGCUUCCACUUCAUCAACAGAGGCCUUUGGCCAUCGAGCCAAGCGGGCACGAGUGUCCGGUAAGAGCCACGACCUGCCAGCAGCCCCAGCAGAGCAAUAUCUGCAGCAGAAGCUUCCAGAUGAGGUUGUUUUGAAGAUCUUCUCCUACUUACUGGAACAAGACCUCUGUCAGGCAGCUUGUGUCUGCAAGAGAUUCAGCCAGCUAGCCAACGACCCCAUCCUAUGGAAGCGUCUAUACAUGGAGGUGUUUGAGUACACGCGUCCCAUGAUGCACCCUGAGCCAGGCAGGUUCUACCAGGUCAGCCCAGAGGAGCAUGAACACCCAAACCCCUGGAAGGAGAGCUUCCAACAGCUGUACAAAGGUGCUCAUGUAAAACCAGGCUUUGCUGAGCAUUUCUACAGUAACCCCGGCAGAUACAAAGGCAGAGAGAAUAUGCUGUAUUAUGACACCAUUGAGGAUGCGCUGGGUGGAGUACAAGAGGCCCACUUUGACGGUCUAAUCUUUGUCCACUCUGGCAUCUAUACGGACGAGUGGAUUUAUAUAGAGUCCCCCAUCACCAUGAUUGGUGCAGCUCCUGGUAAAGUAGCAGACAAGGUGGUGAUAGAGAAUACUAGAGAUUCAACGUUUGUCUUCAUGGAGGGCUCAGAGGAUGCCUACGUGGGAUACAUGACCAUCAAGUUUAAUCCUGAUGAUAAGUCAGCGCAGCACCAUAACGCCCACCACUGUCUGGAGAUCACAGUCAACUGCAGCCCCAACAUUGACCACUGCAUCAUCCGCUCCACAUGCACAGUUGGUUCAGCUGUGUGUGUGAGUGGCCAGGGAGCGUGUCCAACCAUCAAACACUGCAACAUCAGCGACUGUGAGAACGUAGGACUGUACAUUACAGAUCAUGCACAGGGCAUUUAUGAAGACAAUGAAAUCAGCAACAACGCGCUAGCAGGAAUUUGGGUGAAGAACCACGGAAAUCCCAUCAUUAGACGUAACCACAUCCACCAUGGACGAGAUGUUGGAGUGUUCACCUUUGACCACGGCAUGGGUUACUUUGAGAACUGUAACAUCCAUAGAAACCGUAUAGCAGGCUUUGAGGUGAAGGCCUACGCCAACCCCACGGUGGUGCGCUGUGAAAUCCAUCACGGCCAAACAGGAGGCAUCUAUGUCCACGAGAAGGGGCGGGGACAGUUUAUAGAGAACAAAAUCUAUGCCAAUAACUUUGCUGGCGUGUGGAUCACGUCCAACAGUGACCCGACGAUACGGGGAAACGCUAUAUUCAACGGUAACCAAGGUGGGGUGUACAUAUUUGGAGAUGGACGGGGUUUGAUAGAGAGUAACGACAUCUAUGGUAACGCCUUGGCGGGAAUCCAGAUCCGAACCAACAGCUGCCCCAUUGUACGGCACAACAAGAUCCACGACGGACAGCAUGGGGGCAUCUAUGUGCAUGAGAAAGGCCAGGGGGUGAUUGAGGAGAAUGAGGUUUACAGCAACACACUGGCUGGAGUCUGGGUGACCACAGGCAGCACUCCAGUCCUCCGCAAGAACCGCAUCCACAGUGGCAAACAGGUUGGCGUGUAUUUCUAUGACAACGGACACGGUGUGUUGGAAGACAAUGACAUCUACAAUCACAUGUACUCUGGUGUACAAAUAAGGACGGGGAGCAACCCAAAGAUCCGGCGCAACAAGAUAUGGGGAGGCCAGAAUGGAGGGAUUUUAGUCUACAACUCAGGUCUGGGCUUCAUCGAGGACAAUGAGAUCUUUGACAACGCGAUGGCCGGGGUGUGGAUCAAGACGGACAGCAACCCCACACUGAGACGAAAUAAGAUUCAUGACGGCAGAGACGGUGGCAUCUGCAUCUUCAAUGGAGGCAGAGGUUUGCUGGAAGAGAACGACAUCUUCAGGAACGCUCAGGCCGGUGUGCUCAUCAGCACCAACAGUCAUCCAAUACUGCGCAAGAACCGCAUUUUUGAUGGCUUUGCUGCAGGUAUUGAAAUCACUAACCACGCCACAGCCACGCUGGAGGGCAACCAGAUCUUCAACAACCGCUUUGGAGGCCUGUUUCUGGCCUCUGGAGUCAACGUCACCAUGAAAGAUAAUAAGAUUUUGAAUAACCAGGAUGCCAUUGAGAAGGCAGUGAGCAGAGGGCAGUGUCUCUACAAGAUCUCCAGUUACACCAGUUACCCAAUGCACGACUUCUACAGAUGUCACACCUGUAAUACAACAGAUAGGAACGCCAUCUGCGUAAACUGCAUCAAAAAAUGCCACCAAGGGCAUGAUGUAGAGUUUAUACGGCACGAUCGGUUUUUCUGUGACUGCGGAGCGGGAACAUUGUCCAACCCGUGCACACUGGCCGGGGAGCCCACACACGACACAGACACUCUGUAUGACUCAGCGCCGCCCAUCGAGUCCAACACGCUGCAACAUAACUGAAGGCAUCCGGUCUAGUUACACUCUCACAUAAGCAUACAAACACAUUACAUUGCACACAGACAUACGCACACACGCACACAUGCGCAGUUACAUACACACAUCCACUUGCAGCCAUAAGGACCCAGAGAGACUCUGUGAAAUGCGGCGCUCUCGGACGGGAUCACGGUGAAAGAGGCUGCAGAGGAAGCAGCUUCCUGCCCGCUGCAGUGGAGGCAGACUCCACUAGAGAGAGCAGUGGAGCUGAGGGUAGACUGACAGAACGGCCACAAGAGAUUCCUCACUCGAGUAUUUCUUAUUGCAGUCUGUAGACAAAGAAGAUGGGAAGAGAAGGGCUCUACAGAGGAGCUGUCGAUGAUCCCACACACCCCCCUCACCCCUCCCGGCGUUAAUCCUCGGCUCCUGGCCCACUUCUUCUUCUUCUUCACAAGAACUGCUGUCAAAGAGACUUCCUGCUUCCUCGCAGCUGCCAUCCCCAUUGGCUGCCCAGGCAGUUGUAACUAGGCAACGGAUGGGCGGAUGUUGCUCUGUUGUGUGUGGAUAAAGAGCAAGAUUGUGUGUGUGAUGGAGCACUUGGGCUUUUUUUAAAAUAUGUUCUGAUCAAUGGAUUUUAUUUCAAUGCUUUCUCAUGUAGUUUUGUAUUUUCAAGCAAAAAGCUGACUGUAUUUGAAUGUCUUUUAUUUUAUUAUAUAU